AUGGCUCAGCGAAAUCAAAGCAUUGUGACUGAGUUCAUCCUUACUGGAUUCCCUGGACUUCAUCAAGAGUACUAUGGUCUUGUCUCAGCUGCAUUGUUUUUAGUAUAUUUGGUAACUAUGAUUGCCAAUGCUACAGUUAUUUUUUUAUUUGCAACUGACCGCAGCCUUCAUAAGCCAAUGUAUUAUAUCAUUCUAAAUCUGAGUGUAUGUGACGUUCUCUUUAGCACAACCACUUUACCCAAGAUCAUAACCAAAUAUUGGUUUCAGUCAGGGAGCAUUUCAUUUACUGCCUGUUUUGUCCAGAUGUACUUUGUUCACUAUCUUGGUACAGUUAAUUCUUAUAUUCUCUUUCAGAUGGCUUUAGACAGGUAUUUGGCUAUCUGCCAUCCUCUCAGAUAUCCACAUCUUCUCACAAAAUCUAAUAUUUUAAUUCUGAGUAUUACUGCAUGGAUCAUUGCAAAGGCAAGCCCUCUAAUGUUAGUUAUAAGGGCAUAUCCUCUUCCUUACUGUGCUUCAAACAUAAUCAAUCACUGCUACUGUGAUCAUAUUGGCAUAACAACAUUGGCAUGCACUGAUAGGGCACCUUAUGCAAUUCCUGCUUUUGUAAUUGCAAUGCUUGCACUACUGGGGCCUCUGGCAUUUAUUAUUUUCUCAUAUUGCUCUAUAGUCAUAGCAGUUUUCAAGAUAGCAAAUGUGCAGGGUCGCCUGAAAUCACUGUCCACUUGUAGCACUCAGCUGAUAAUAAUCACCCUCUAUUAUUUACCCAGAUGUUUUGUAUAUUUAGCCAGCAAUGUUGGUAUUACAUUUAGUGCUGAUGUGCGAGUAGUGAUCAUCAUGCUGUAUAGCCUUGCCCCCCCAAUGAUCAAUCCACUCAUAUACUGUUUAAGAGCUAAGGACAUGAGAGAAAGCUUAUUGAAACUAUUCUGCAGACGAACCGUUCCACAAAAAGCACAGGCCAAGGGGCCAGACCCAAGAACUGGGGAGCCUCAUGGAAAUGAGGCUGAUUGGAGGUCUGACCGCAGUGCCAGCAGCGGCGACGAGGCAAGAAAGGGGGCCGGCCACGAUCCCAGUGGUGCCGACGAGACAGGACUGGUAGCCGGCUGCGAUCCCAGCGGCAGCGACAAGACGGGACAGGGGGCCGGCUGCGAUCCCAAUGGUGCCAAAAAGACAAGACAAGGAGGAAGGAGGCAAUGA